ACCUUUGUUUCUAGGUUCGAUGUCGAAUCCAAACAUGGCGCAUUUUACACGGGCGGAAACUUGGAAUGGCACCACAACCUCCUCUUCUGCCAAAAUAAAUCGUCCGUCUCACUUCUCGACAUCGACAAGGGUGUAGUUGUACUCGAGGUAGGAGAGAAGUAUUCUGAAGCCUCGGAUCUCGUGCAAACGUUCACGGCCGAUAGGGAUCAGGUCGUGACUUCUCACAAGAGCGGAUCUAUAAAACUUUGGAAACACGACGGUGCACUUGUGAAAACCUGGAAGAGUAUUCAUAAGGGGCCGAUCGUUCGACUGGUAUUAAACGGAAGUCUGUUGGCUAGCGGAGGGUCGGAUGGAAAUGUGAGAAUUUGGAACAUGGAAAAUCAAAUGUGCGUUCUCGGUUUGAAGGGAUUAUUUGGAAUUGUCAAUGUUGUAGAAUUUCAUUCGGGUCGAGAAUUGGUGUUUGCUUCCGGUGACGAUGGCAAAAUCGCAACAUGGUGUUUAAAGACGGGGACAUCGAUGGUAACGUACAACGGCCACUUUAGUAAAGUGACUGCAAUUACGUUUCACGAGGAUACCCAGCAUUUUGUCAGUUGCGGGCGAGAUAGAGUGAUAAUGUUAUGGACUGUUGGAGUGGCGACUGCGGUACGCGUUGUACCGACAUACGAGACAUUGGAAGAUAUAGUUUUCUUACCAAACGUAUUGAGAAUAACGGCGAAAGGGGGCGUUGACAGUGAGGGGAUGCAUGUUGCCACAGUUGGCAGUAAUGGACUGGUACGAAUUUGGGACAUGGGUAAAUCCGCGGAAAUUUUUGUACAAACAAAUUCGUUGGUGUCGAAAGCGAAAGAGGACGGUCGCUUGGCUAUUCAAAAAUUAUUGUUUGACAAAGAGAGAGAUAUGUUCGCCGUAGUGGCGGCAGAUCAAACCAUAGUUUUGCACGAAUUAACCACUUUCAACGUCGUUAAACAGUUUGUGGGCUUUUCCGAUGAAAUCUUAGAUGUGGUUUUUGUGGGCAAAAAUGAUUCUCACAUUGCCGUAGCUACGAACUCUGAAGACAUUAAGCUAUACGAAAGUGCAACAAUGAACUGCAAUCUUUUGAAGGGCCAUACUGACCUGGUACUAGCACUAAGUGCAUCUAAAGUAAAUUGCAACUUGCUACUCUCGUCUGCGAAGGACAACACGAUCCGACUGUGGCGCUUGUUUGAAAAAGGAAUCUGCGAAUGUGUCGGAAUUGGCAUGGCACACACCGGGUCUGUCGAUUCAAUAGCAUUCUCGAAUUUAACCGCUACUUUUGCAAUAUCCGCUAGUCAAGACACCUGCUUAAAAGUCUGGGAGCUGCCUUCAAAGUUUGAAAAAAAUUCGAACUUGCUAUGCAAGUGUACAGAGGUUGCUCAUCAAAAAGGGAUUAACUCGGUGGAAGUGUCUCCAAACGACAAGAUAAUUGCCACCGGUUCUCAGGAUAAAACCGCAAAGCUGUGGACAGACUCCCUGGAGUUGAUAGGCGUGUUACAUGGACACAAACGUGGAAUUUGGUGCGUGCGAUUCUCACCAGUCGAUCAAAUAGUACUAACAUCGUCUACAGAUGGCGCGAUUAAGUUAUGGUCUAUUACAACAUUGAACUGUUUAAAAACAUUUGAAGGUCACGAUGCGAGUGUCCACAGGGCAGAAUUUAUAUCAAAUGGAAUGCAAAUUUUAAGCGGAGGGGCAGAUGGAUUAAUUAAACUUUUUAACAUCAAAACGGCGGAGUGUGUAAAUACCUUUGAUCAACAUGAAGCGCGUGUGUGGACUUUAGCAAUAAAUCAGAAUGAGACCGGUUUUAUAACGGGAGGAGCAGACUCUUUCCUCAUCAAGUGGAAGGAUGUAACGGAAGAUCGCCUACGUGAAAAAGCAAACGACGCGAAUAAGCGAAUUUUACAAGAGCAACAAAUAAACAACUAUUUACAAAACGACGAAUUACUGAAGGCACUAACACUAGCGCUUAAUUUAGCCAGACCAUUUCAAACAUUAAAAAUAGUUCAACUAAUCAUAAAAAAGGGGGACUACGGUUUGACGGACACAAUACACCAGUUAAGAAACGACCAAAAGGAUGCCUUAUUGAAAUGUGUAACUGAUUGGAAUACUAAUAGCCAUAACUGCCAUUCCGCGCAGCUAGUUCUGAAUAUACUAAUGAAGGAAAUGCAAACUGGUCAUUUUUGGCCAGUUGGUUUAAAUAACGCAGUUGAAGAAAUUUUGCCCUACACAGAUAGGCACUUUAAGAGAUUAAGUAAAUUAAUGCAAGAUUUACAUUUUAUAAAUUAUACCAUUAAUUGUAUGCAACCUCAUGCUAAAAAUAAAUAAAUGUUUUUGAAAUUCUCA